CAAGCUGGCAGCGCCACUUCCGCCACAAACGGCAAUCAUAUCAUGGCUCUUUCGAACGCCAAUGAGAAGGGACGCUGGACGAGGCCUCCACGCCCACGUCCACCAACGCCGUACCCAACAGGGUCCUUCCAAAUCUCCAUCACCUCUCUCUCUACAUUUCUAAUAUUGGCCAUUCCCUUUUAACCCUACAUUAUUGGUUUAGCUUCGCAGGUACUAGAAUCUGAGGCCGUAGGGAGACAAUACAAGAAAAGAGGAAGGAAAUCGAGAGAGGAAGGAAGAGGGAGGUCUGGGGAUGGGAGGGGAAGAGAGAGAGGAGGGAGUGAUGGCAAACGACUUCUUCUGGUCGUACACAGACGAGCCUCACGCCUCCCGACGCCGUCAGAUACUCUCUCAGUACCCUCAAAUCAAAGACCUCUUCGGCCCUGACCCUUUCGCUUUCCUCAAGGUUGCUGGGGUGGUUUUGCUUCAGCUGGGGACUGCUACUGUCCUCCAUGAUGCAGGCUGGCUGAAGAUAUUGACAGUGGCAUACUUCUUUGGCUCGUUUCUAAAUCAUAACCUCUUCUUAGCCAUUCAUGAGCUGAGUCACAACCUCGCCUUCUCUACUCCAGUCUACAACCGCUGGCUCGGGAUUUUUGCUAAUCUCCCAAUUGGUGUGCCCAUGUCUGUCACCUUCCAAAAGUACCACCUUGAGCACCAUCGUUAUCAGGGAGUGGAUGGCAUGGACAUGGACGUCCCCAGCCAAAUUGAAGCCCUGCUCGUGAGAAAUGCCCUAACAAAAUCAAUCUGGGUCACCUUCCAACUCUUCUUCUAUGCUCUCCGGCCUCUAUUUCUCAAUCCGAAGCCCCCUGGUGUAUGGGAGUUCUUCAAUUUGAUUGUCCAGUUGGCCCUCGAUGCUGCCAUGGUCUAUUUCUGGGGUUGGAAGUCAUUUGCUUAUUUGAUCCUUUCCACCUUCGUUGGGGGCGGGAUGCACCCAAUGGCGGGUCAUUUCAUCUCUGAACAUUAUGUCUUCAACCCUGAACAAGAGACAUACUCUUACUAUGGCCCCCUAAAUCUUCUCACAUGGAGCGUGGGAUACCACAAUGAGCACCAUGACUUCCCCAGGAUCCCAGGGAACAAGCUCUAUAGGGUGAAGGAGAUUGCACCAGAAUACUACGAGGAUUUAGAGUCGUAUAAAUCCUGGAGCCAGGUCAUCUACAUGUACAUUAUGGACUGCACAAUUGGACCCUUCAGCCGGAUGAAGAGAAAGCCAUCAACAACUUCCAAGAAAACGGAAUAGCUCUUCUCCCUUUGUUUUUUCCUCCCUUUCAGAUUUUCCCUUCUUUCUUGGUUGGUUUGCAUAUUUGAUUGUAAAAUUCUUGAGAAGAUCAUUAAAUAUUAUUUUUGUCA